AUGUCUGACAAGCUUACUCGUAUUGCCAUCGUCAACAGCGACAAGAAAUGUCGUCAGGAGUGUAAAAAGUCUUGCCCUGUGGUCCGCACAGGCAAGCUUUGCAUUGAAGUGUCCAAUGACUCGAAGAUUGCGUUCAUCUCGGAGAGCCUGUGCAUUGGUUGUGGUAUUUGCCCGAAGAAGUGCCCAUUCGGUGCCAUCAACAUCAUCAACUUGCCCACCAAUUUGGAAAGCCAGGUUACCCACCGUUAUUCCGCCAACAGCUUCAAGCUCCACCGUCUGCCGAUGCCCCGCCCCGGUCAGGUCCUCGGUCUUGUUGGAACAAACGGUAUCGGCAAGAGUACCGCACUGAAGAUUCUGAGUGGCAAGCUGAAGCCCAACUUGGGUCGCUACGAUAAUCCCCCUGACUGGGAGGAGAUCCUGAAGUACUUCCGCGGAUCUGAGCUGCAGAACUACUUUACGAAGGUUCUUGAGGACAACCUGAAGGCUGUUGUUAAGCCGCAAUAUGUCGACCAAAUUCCUCGUGCAGUUAAGGGACCCGUCCAGGGCGUGAAGGACCUCAUCCAAGCCCGUGUCUCCCUGGACAACAUGCAAGAAAUCAUGGAUGUUCUUGAGCUCAACCAGGUCGCUGACCGCGACAUUGGCCAUCUCUCCGGUGGAGAGCUGCAGCGUUUCGCCAUUGGUUUGGUCUGCGUGCAGAAGGCCGAUGUGUACAUGUUCGACGAGCCUUCAUCCUACCUCGAUGUGAAGCAGCGUCUGGCAGCUGCCCGCACCAUUCGCGGCCUCCUUCGCCCAGAUGACUACGUCAUUGUGGUAGAGCACGAUCUUUCGGUGCUUGACUAUCUUUCUGAUUUCAUUUGUGUGCUUUACGGUCGGCCUGCUGUCUACGGUGUCGUCACCCUUCCCUCCUCUGUGCGAGAGGGUAUCAACAUCUUCCUCGAUGGUCACAUCCCAACUGAGAACUUGCGUUUCCGUGAGGAAUCUUUGACCUUCCGCUUGACUGAGGCUGGUGAUGACUUCAUCGCCGAUAAGGCUCACGCCUACAGCUAUCCUACCAUGGAGAAGACUCUGGGCAACUUCCACCUGAAGGUUGAGACUGGUCAAUUCACCGACUCCGAGAUCAUCGUCAUGAUGGGUGAGAACGGAACUGGCAAGACCACUUUCUGUAAGAUGUUGGCUGGUGCCGAGAAGCCUGACGGUAACCGAUCCGUUCCCAAGAUGAACAUCAGCAUGAAGCCCCAGAAAAUUACUCCUAAGUUCCAGGGUACUGUGCGCCAGCUCUUCUUCAAGCGUAUCAAGGCGGCUUUCCUUUCCCCACAAUUCCAGACUGAUGUCUACAAACCGCUGAAGAUCGACGACUUCAUUGAUCAGGAGGUCCAGAACCUGUCCGGUGGUGAAUUGCAGCGUGUCGCUAUUGUCCUUGCUCUGGGUAUUCCUGCCGAUAUCUACCUAAUUGACGAGCCUAGUGCCUAUCUCGACUCCGAGCAGCGUAUCGUCGCUGCCCGAGUCAUCAAGCGUUUCAUCAUGCACACCAAGAAGACUGCGUUCAUUGUCGAGCACGAUUUCAUCAUGGCCACUUACCUGGCUGAUCGCGUUAUCGUGUUCGAUGGACAGCCUUCCGUGGAUGCUCGCGCUAACAAGCCCGAGUCUCUUGUCACUGGCUGCAACAAGUUCUUGAAGAACCUCGAUGUCACUUUCCGUCGUGACCCCAACAGCUACCGACCUCGUAUCAACAAGUACAACAGUCAAAUGGACCAGGAGCAAAAGCUUGCAGGCAACUACUACUUCCUGGAGGAAGAGAACUGA